GACGUUGUAAAUAUAAUUCACUCGGCCGCGAAGUGUGCAAACGAAAACACCACUCGUUCGAAAAUGGAUCAGGAGAAGCCAUUCCGUAAUAUCAUUGAAAAAAUCGCCAGGGAAUAUAAUUAUAAUGAUUAUUCCAUUAAAGUGACGCCGAUAUCGUCAGGUGGAUCAAAUUAUACUUCAGUACUUUACACAGGAACAAUUUCAGCGCCAGAUAAAGAAGAUUUACAGCUAUUCGCUAAAACCGCAGCUUUUGGCGCCAAACUACGCGAAGAAGCCCCAGUUACCUUAUUUGACACCGAACGUUUUGCUUAUGAAGAACUAGCAAAAUUAUUUUCGAAAAUUGAAGACAAACAUAAAAUCCCAGAAGAAGACAGAUUGAUUUUGAGCAAAUAUUACGGCAGUAACUCUAAUGUUUUUGAAGAGACUAUAGUUUUGGAAAACUUAUGUGAAAAAGGCUACACUCUUCACGACAGAUUGAAGUCAGUAGAUUGGCCAUACGCUUCUAAAGCUGUAGAAGUUUUAGCGAAAUUUCAUGCUCUUUCUAUGUGUCUUGCUGAAAAAUAUCCAGACACAUUUAAAAGGUAUUGUGAACAUUUAAAAUCGUCAUUAGAAUCCCUAGCUAUCAACUUUAGUAAAGGCUUUGAAUUAUUUUUACCAUAUUCAAUUGAAGAAGUCAAUGAUAAGAACAAAGAAAAAUUGAAAGCGUUUUUCAACAAAGAAGACAAUACAAUAGAAUCACAGUUUAAGCCUGUUCGGAGAACAGUGUUCGCUCAUGGUGAUUACAGACCUAGUAAUUUAAUGCAUCGUAACAAUGAGGACGGCAGCGUGGACGUGAUCCCAGUGGACCUGCAGACCGUCAUGCCAAGCUCGGGGGUCAUCGACCUGCUCUACUUCAUCUUCACAGGCACCGAUGGAGCCUUCAGACAGCAGUAUUACAGUAGGCUGGUGGACCAUUACUACGCGUCGAUCAGUCGGAUGCUGAGGGCUUAUGGACUGAACCCUGACAAAGUCUAUCCGAGAGAGGACUUUGAUUUCGAGUUGCAAGAGAGGCUCCCCUACGGUCUGAUAGCUGCUGCGUUCGUGCUGCCAAUAGUGACGGUGGAGGUAGCCGACGCUCCGACAUUGGGGAACGACGAGUUGGACCUGGCCAGCCUGAAGAUAAAGACCGGGAAGGCUUUCCCUGAGCGGAUCAACGACGUCGUCGAAGACUUCGUCGCCUGGGGGAGGCUUUAAGUGGAGCCAACGGACGAGCUUCUAUAAAAGUAGAAAAAUAAGUAUAUAAUACUUACGUGCAUUUCAUGAGUA